AGUUUCACUUGAUAGCAACCUGCGUACUGGUGUCAUUGCUCCUCACAUACGAUGGCUUUGACCCGGUUCGAGCGGUUUUUGGGCCGCCUGCUACGAGCUGUGGUGUGGAUGCUGUUCGCCGCUUUUAAGCUGUUUGCACCUCAGCAGCGCCACGGCGGAGUUUCCCGACUUCCUUCAAUUUCUAACCCACUUCUGCUGCUUCCAGCAAUGCAGCUUGCCAGAAAGAUCCGUCGGAAGGAAGUAACAAGUGUUGAAGUGGUUCAGGCCUACAUUGACCGCAUUCAGGAAGUCAACCCACUUAUCAAUGCAAUGGUCAAGGACAGGUUUUCUGCUGCCCUUCAGGAAGCUGCACAGGUAGAUAAACUUAUAGAGGAAGAGACGGGAGGAGAGGAUGUGUUGGAGGACCGGCUACCUCUGCUUGGGGUGCCCAUCACUGUUAAAGAGGCCUUUGCCUUGCAAGGAAUGCCAAAUUCCACAGGUUUGUUGACCAGAAAGGAUCUAGUUUCAAUGGUAGAUGCCCCAUCUGUUGCUCUGUUGAAGAGGGCAGGAGCGAUUCCUCUGGGUGUGACAAACUGCAGUGAACUCUGUAUGUGGCUAGAGUCUCACAAUCACCUCUAUGGCAUCACGAAUAACCCCUACGACCUAGAGAGAAUUGUUGGCGGCAGCUCAGGAGGUGAGGGCAGUAUUUUGGCUGCUGGUGCCUCUGUUAUUGGAAUUGGGUCUGAUAUCGGGGGCAGUAUCCGAAUUCCCUGCUUUUUCAAUGGUAUCUUUGGACACAAGCCAUCAAUAGGUAUUGUAAGCAAUGAUGGGCAGCAUCCUCCACCCUCCGGACUGCAGAUGGGAUUUCUGUGUACUGGACCUAUGUGCCGCUAUGCAGAAGACCUUAUUCCCAUGCUAAACAUCAUGGGAGGACCCAAUGCACACAAAUUGUCCCUCUCUGAUAAAGUCGAUUUAAAGAAGCUGAGGUUCUUUUCAGUUCCCCACAAUGGUGGUUCUCCUUUGGUCUCCCCAGUGGAUCCAGUACUACGUCAGGCACAGAAGAUGGUGGUUAAACGUUUAGAGGAAGACCUUGGUAUCAAAGUUCAAGAGCUGUUUAUUCCUCAGCUGAAGUACUCCUUUCAGAUCUGGGGAACUAUGAUGGCGUCACCUGGCAAGGACGGGAAACUUCCUACCACCUUUGCUGAACUAAUGAGUGAAGGCGGAAAGAAGGUGUGGCCUGUCUGGGAGCUGUUCAAGUGGUUCCUGGGGUUUUCUUCUCAUACCAUAGCAGCAAUAGGUCUGGCUUUAGUUGAGAUGUUCCAGAGUUCCCAUCCAUCUCCAUUCAUUGUCCAGCAGAAAGAUAGUCUACAGCAGGAUCUGGAUAAGUUGCUAGGCACAGAUGGUGUUCUGCUGUACCCUUCUCAUCCCCAAAUCGCCCCCAAACACCACCACCCAAUAUUCACACCCUUCAACUUCUCUUACACUGGUAUCUUUAAUAUACUGGGCCUGCCAGUUACCCAGUGUCCAUUGGGCCUGAGCUCAGAGGGUUUGCCUUUGGGUGUACAAAUCGUGGCUGGAAAUUUACAAGACCGUCUCUCUUUGGCCACUGCUCUCUACCUGGAGAAUGCUUUUGGUGGCUGGAGGGACCCAGGCACGACGACAGCCAAACCUUGAUCCACCUCAUGUAUUAAAAUAUACAGUAUAACAACAGGACUACAUAACCAACACAUGUAAACAUCCAAAGCUUACUGACAUGUUUUAGAGGGCUGUAUUUAUCUUAUUAUUUAAAAACUUGGUAUUAAUAUUUCCGUUUGGGGUCAACUUUGUCAUGAGAAAUCAAAUGGAGAGUAGGUCUAGAAAAAAAUGCUGCAGCUGAUUAUAUGAGACGGCUAUCAACUUUAUAAUUGCAUAAGAAAUUAUGUAAGUCAUUUCAUAAUAUCCUUUAUACAGUAAACAAUAUGCAUUUGUUUACUUUCAUGCACUGGAACAAUGAUGUUUAUUCAAAUAUUUGUGCUGCUUUCACCGAACAGGCUUUUUAAGAGCAGGCUCUUUUUUGUGAAAAAUCUCUGAUAUUUUAGAAUAUUUUGUUUCUGUUGUAUAUUAUAAAAGCAAGUGACGUUUUGUAUUAUUGGAAAAAUAACACAAAGCAGUUUUAUUUACAAUUGCCUGGGUAUUUUGAAUGCUGGAUACUGACAUUGUUUAUUCUUACCAUUUAUAAAUCCAUCUUAUUAUGUUCAAACGUUCCUCAGUUUCUAGAGCAUAAAAGCAUGGAAUAACAUUUUGUAAUUUGUUGAUAUGUUUAUUAUAACAUAAGUAUAUUUAAUAAGCAGUAAUUAUAUUAUAAAUAAAUAAAUGCUUCCUGUGUA